AAGUAGUUCAAAAUUGAUUGUUCUGUCCUCUAAUCUAUCAUAGCCCAGGAUUUUUUUAAAAGUUUUUUUUUUUAAACUUAUCUAGUUAAGUAAAUUAUCUAGCUAAGUUUAGCUAAGUAUUUCAAUAAAAUUAUUUACGAUUUUUUCUGCUUUUAUCGCUUUGAUAGUCUUGAAAAAUUUUUAAAUGUUUUUUUUUACGUUUUUAAAGAACAUAAAGUCUCCAAAUAUGUUGUUGAAGAAGCAAUUAAACAGUAUGUUCAUCAUCUAAUUCCAUCAAGGUGCUGCUGAUCAUAAAAACCCCAAGAACUACAUAUUAAAUGAAACAUAAUAUUCUUUUAAUAAUUUCUUUUUCAUUCAAUAAACGUGCCAUAUAAUAAAAAAAAAACUGAAGUUCAAGAACUUCCCCCGUAGUACUGCAAGGUUCUUACUGUGAUGCACAAUAAAGUUGUGUGUUGUGGGGGAGGUGCACAGGAAGUUCUACGAUUGAGAGGGAAGUUCUAUAAAGCUGACGCGUUAGCAGGAAGUUUCCAUCAGUUGGUUAGCAAUUCUCAAAAGAAAUGGGUUUAGAUUUUCUCAGCUAUGUGAAUGCCGAGGUGUGGAUCAUCUUCGGAGCGGCUCUGGCUACAUUUCUUCUGCUCUUUGUGAUCCUCUACAACAUCCGGCAAUUCGCCCAGGGAGGACAAUACAGAAAAAGUCACAUUCGCAUGGAUGGAAAGGUGGUGAUCAUUACAGGAGCUAGCUCGGGAAUUGGCUACGAAACUGCUCUGGAUUUAGCAAGACGUGGUGCCAAGAUUUACAUGGCGUGCAGGAAUUACGAAAAGGCCGAAAUAGCCCGCCUGGAAAUCGUCCGGAAGACCGAUAAUUCCAACAUUUUCAAUCGAACACUGGACUUGGCGUCAUUUGAAUCCAUCCGCAGCUUUGUGAAUACCUUUCUAGAUGAGGAGACGCGCCUGGAUGUUCUGAUCAACAACGCUGGUGUUUUCUUUGCCCCGUAUUUAUUGACCAAGGAGGGGCAUGAGAUGCACUUUGGGGUCAACUACUUGGGACACUUCCUCCUCACACAACUCCUCUUAGAUACACUGAAAAAAUCCGAACCAAGUCGCAUUGUCAACGUUUCUAGUUACUUCCAUCAAUUUGGUCACAUCAACAAGAAUGACCUGGACAGCAGGCAGACCUAUGACAGGACUCAAGCGUACAGUCAGUCAAAACUGGCUCUCAUUAUGUUCACCCGCUACCUGGCACAUCAGCUCCGAUGCUCGCGGGUCACGGUGAAUGCCGUCAAUCCUGGCUCCGUGCUGACCAACAUCACGCGCCACAUGCGCAUUCAUCGUCUAGCCCAUGCCGUGGGUCCCAUCCUGUCGACAUUCUUCAUAAAGACACCCCGCUCGGGUGCUCAAACGUCCAUCAAGGUGGCCGUUGAACCUAAAAUUGAGUUCAUCAGUGGGAAGUAUUACAGUGACGUGAAGGAGGAAGAAGUGGCCCCUCAGGCUAAGGAUGAGCAGACCUCCGAAUGGCUGUGGAGUGAAAGUUUGAGACUUACAGAGCUUUGGGAUAGAAAUGUUUAA